CGCUCAAGAACUCACACCACUGAGACGGAAAGUGGAAUGUCAGGAGGAAUGGACCACGGGCACUGGCAUUCAGGUGAUAGCAAUGAUUAUGGAAGUGAUCACGAACACGUAACUUCGCACGAAAACGGUCAUGGUGCACAGGGUAAAGAAGGAAGUGGAAAUAAAAAGAAGGGGCAUGGACAUGGACAUUCGCACGAGGUUUAA